UCACUACAGUGAUCACGACCAAUCUUCUGGGUCUUCCAUCUUGCUUCCAGAUCUGCCAAUCCUCCACCUUCGUGUCUUUCCUAAGAACUACAUGACCCCCUUCCCCCCCUCCUCCCACCCAUUCUUGUCCCUCAUCUUUCUCGCAUCUAAUCAAUCUUGCCUAUCCUAUAUCCAAACCAUCCAUGGAAGAGAACCAUACCCGUCUCGGCUUCUGUGAACUCUAUACCACUUAAACUGAACUGCAAAUGAUGAUCAUCUGGUUGAAUUGAAUCACUUGCGACUAUCAUUGGCACAGAUUAUCUUGACCGCCGAAACUACGGAUAUAGGUCCUCCAAACUCCCUUGGUUCAUCUGCUGGCAGAGAAAGAAAAGGAGAGGCACAAUGACCGUCUCUUACGACCAUUCGUCAUUGCGGAACGCCGCACCGACCUCAAUGGCUACACUCGAAGACCGAUUUGAGGUGAUGAAGGAAAUCGGGGAUGGUAGCUUUGGUAGUGUUGCCGUGGCUCGUGUACGGACGGCUGGCUCCAACAUCGCGCGGAGGGGAACCAUGGUUGCCAUUAAGACCAUGAAGAAGACCUUCGAUUCAUUAGCACCAUGCCUCGAAUUACGGGAAGUGAUCUUUCUACGGACUCUACCCGCUCACCCACACCUUGUCCCAGCUCUCGACAUCUUCCUCGACCCUCUUUCUCGCAAGCUACAUAUUUGUAUGGAAUACAUGGAUGGUAACCUCUACCAAUUGAUGAAAUCACGGGACCACAAGCCGUUCGAUGGCAGACAUGUGAAGAGCAUUCUUUACCAAAUUUUGUCGGGUCUCGAUCACAUCCAUGCUCAUCACUUUUUCCACCGUGAUAUCAAGCCGGAGAAUAUCCUUGUAUCUACGUCCGCACCGAAUGACUCUGCUUUCAGCCGUUAUUCUAACCUAGUGACUCCACCUUCAACCCCUCCAACAUAUACCGUGAAGAUAGCCGACUUUGGCCUUGCAAGGGAGACUCAUUCCAAGCUCCCUUAUACAACAUACGUGUCCACGAGAUGGUACCGUGCCCCGGAGGUCCUUUUGCGAGCAGGAGAAUACUCUGCGCCUGUGGAUAUGUGGGCUAUCGGUGCUAUGGCUGUCGAAAUUGCUACCUUGAAGCCAUUGUUCCCUGGUGGUAACGAAGUUGAUCAGGUCUGGCGCGUUUGUGAGAUCAUGGGCAGCCCAGGUAACUGGUACAGCAAGUCGGGUGCCAAGCUCGGUGGUGGUGAAUGGAGAGAUGGCUCCCGUCUUGCCCAGAAGCUUGGAUUCACUUUUCCCAAGAUGGCGCCUCAUUCCAUGGAAAGCAUCCUUCAACCUCCUCAAUGGCCAGCAUCUCUGAGUCAUUUUGUCACAUGGUGCCUGAUGUGGGACCCCAAGAAUAGGCCCACUUCCACCCAGGCCUUGAAUCACGAGUACUUUACAGAUGCUGUCGACCCAUUGCGGCCGAAGUCCUCAACCGCCCGGCUGCUGGGUCGGAAAACUUCUGACAAGAGCUUUAAAUCCCCCAUUCGAGAGAGCAGUGACUCGCCCACUCUUACGUCCAAAUCGUCGUGGUUCCGGAGGUCACUGAUCGGAAGAUCUGAUAGCGAUAACGAGCAACCAAAGCAGCCUGUUGUCUCGUACAGCACGGCACCUGAAACUACUAAGAGCAAACCUGCGCCCAGUAAGCGGGCGACGUGGGCAAAUGGGGCCCCAAUGCCUAUCUUGCCUUCCAUCCGACCAGUGUCUCCUCUGUCCAAUGCAGUCACAGCACAGGCAAAUUCUUCUCUUGCUGGUGACCAAGGAAAAGCGAGCAAGAAGAUUGGCAGACAGCUUUCCCUCAACUCUCACGGCAAUCACUACGCCGAUAUGCAUAGGCAGGAAGCAGAGAGAGCAUUGAACGGUGGAAGUGGCAAUCUCCUCGCCGGUCUCAGCCAGAAGGAAAGCUUUUUCUCCCACCUUCGCAAGCGCGCUCGUAGGCUAUCUGGUCGCAACCAGGGAAACACAUCAAGCGAUGACGUCGAGGCCAAUGCCGGUUGUAUGCCUUGGUCAAAUCGAUCAUCGUUAGCCUUAGACUCUACUAGUACUAACGAAGUCAAGCAAGGUUCUGAUAUAUCUGAGCUGGACAAGGCUCUUCAGGGUGUGAAGUAUUCUCUUGAUUCGACUGCAAUAGGCAAUGUUCCUGUUCACAUCACCUCUCCGGUCGAAGGUGUUAAAAGGCAGUCAAUGCCUCAGGGCUCUAUUCGCUCAAUUGGUGAUAGUCCUGUUUCAACUAGUGGCACUGGUGCGCCAAUCUCUAGCCGAACCCGGCGUGCGCUACAGCUAUCAACUCAUCCCGUCCACCGCUACGAAACACCAGAGGAAGAGGAUGAGCUCCUUGAUGAGGCACUUCACUCGGCAAGCAAAGCUGCGAGGCACCUAGCACAGACUGAAGUAUAUUCCGAUGUAUCCUCGAACUACAGUCGGCAAGCUAUGGGAAACGACAGCUCGCGGGCGUUACCUAGCCCCUACCCUACACCUUCUCCAUCAGCAAAAUGUGAUGGGGUUUCCUUUGGCCACUCUGAUGCGACUCCAAUCCGGCGUUUGGGACUUCCUGAUGAUAAGACAGAACCCACCAACUCGACUCGUCAAUGGCCUACACCACCUUAUGAAGACGGGGAGUGGACAAAUCCAAUCUCCACAAAUUUCAUGACUGGGUCAACCUAUAGGUAGUUCACCGUGGACCGCCAUACCAUGGGUGGAUGUCGUGUUUUGAUAUUUAUCUUUCCGGCUUUUUUGUUUGAUUUUGAACUUAUCAAAGACAGAAAAAUGGGGAACGCGCGGUAAUCGGCGAUCUAACCGAGCAUGGCGUACAGGAUUUGGUGUCUAUUCUUCGUCUUU